CUUCGCGUUGGUUAUGACUAGUAAAAAUUAGUUUGUUGCCGACAAUUACAUUUAUAUUCACAAGAAAUCUGAAAGUAGAUACGUAAAAUGGGUCAAAACCAAUCAGCGCAAGGUGGAGCUGGAGACAAGAAGGAUGACAAAGACAAAAAGAAGAAGUAUGAGCCACCAAUUCCAACUCGCGUUGGCAAAAAGAAGCGUCGCGCAAAGGGUCCCGAUGCAGCCAUGAAGCUGCCGUUGGUUACUCCGCACACGCGCUGUCGCCUUAAGCUGCUCAAGCUGGAACGCAUCAAGGACUAUUUAAUGAUGGAGGAUGAAUUUAUACGCAACCAGGAACGAUUAAAGCCACAGGAUGAAAAGAACGAGGAGGAGCGCUCCAAGGUAGAUGAUCUGCGUGGUACACCUAUGUCCGUAGGCAACUUGGAGGAGAUUAUUGAUGACAAUCAUGCUAUUGUGUCAACAUCUGUUGGAUCGGAGCACUAUGUUAGCAUAUUAUCCUUUGUGGACAAGGAUCAACUAGAGCCUGGUUGCUCUGUGCUAUUAAAUCACAAAGUACAUGCAGUGGUGGGUGUGCUUAGUGAUGAUACAGAUCCCAUGGUUACUGUGAUGAAGCUGGAAAAGGCGCCCCAAGAAACCUAUGCAGAUAUAGGUGGUUUGGAUACGCAAAUACAGGAAAUUAAAGAGUCAGUUGAACUGCCACUAACUCAUCCGGAAUACUACGAAGAAAUGGGCAUUAAGCCACCAAAGGGUGUCAUACUCUAUGGUCCGCCAGGCACUGGUAAGACACUGCUGGCCAAGGCCGUGGCCAAUCAAACUUCAGCCACUUUCUUGCGUGUUGUGGGCUCCGAACUUAUUCAAAAGUAUCUUGGUGAUGGUCCCAAGCUUGUACGUGAGCUUUUCCGCGUCGCCGAAGAACAUGCUCCUUCCAUUGUGUUUAUUGAUGAAAUUGAUGCCGUGGGUACAAAGCGCUAUGACUCCAACUCUGGUGGCGAGCGUGAAAUACAGCGUACUAUGUUGGAGUUGCUUAACCAGUUGGAUGGCUUCGAUUCACGCGGUGAUGUUAAGGUCAUUAUGGCUACAAAUCGUAUUGAGACACUCGAUCCAGCUUUGAUACGUCCGGGACGUAUUGAUCGUAAAAUCGAGUUCCCACUGCCAGAUGAGAAGACCAAGCGACGCAUUUUCACCAUACACACAUCCCGCAUGACCUUGGCCACAGAUGUGAAUCUAAAUGAACUGAUUAUGGCCAAGGAUGAUUUGUCUGGCGCUGACAUUAAGGCCAUUUGCACAGAGGCCGGUUUGAUGGCGCUGCGUGAGCGCCGCAUGAAGGUCACUAACGAAGAUUUCAAGAAGUCCAAGGAGAGCGUUUUGUACCGCAAGAAAGAAGGCACGCCGGAAGGAUUGUAUUUAUAAGUCUGUCUAUUUUCAGUUAAUAUUUGUAAUUCCUAAUCACAUACAUACGCAUUAAAGCCAAGUUAAUACCGAUAA